UCGGAGAGAAACGAGAGAAAGAAACAGUCCCCAUAUAUUCAGAAGGACGCAAGAAAGAUUGACAAGGGGGAAGAUGGGGUGCUCAUUUUCUGGGUUGAAUGCGCUAUACGAUGCAGUAAACGGUGGAGGAGACGUUUGGAUCAAUGAGAACCGGUUCAGGAUCGUGAGGCAGCUCGGGGAGGGCGGGUUCGCCUACGUUUUUCUGGUCAAGGAGGUGCCCACAGACUCUGGUUCGGCCACUGGUGGCGGUGGUGGCUUGGCUAAGAAAGUCAAGGACCCAUCUCAUCUCUCUGAUGAUGGCACUUAUGCUAUGAAGAAAGUUCUCAUUCAGAAUGCUGAACAGUUAGAGUUGGUUAGGGAGGAAAUCCGCGUCUCAUCGCUAUUCAGUCAUCCAAAUUUGCUACCGCUUCUUGAUCAUGCUAUCAUUUCUACUAAGCCAACACAAGAAGGAUCUAGGAACCAUGAAGCAUACUUGUUAUUUCCAGUUCAUUUGGAUGGAACAUUACUGGAUAAUGCCAAAGCUAUGAAAGCUAGAAAGGAGGUUUUUUCUACCUCAGAUGUUCUUUAUAUAUUUCGACAGCUUUGUGCAGGACUCAAUCAUAUGCACAAUCUUGAUCCUCCAUAUGCACAUAAUGAUGUCAAACCUGGUAAUGUUCUUAUUACUCAUAUAAAAGGAAAACCACCUCUUGCUAUAUUAAUGGACUUUGGCAGUGCUAGACCUGCCAGAAAGCAGAUUCGCUCUCGUUCGGAGGCACUACAGUUGCAGGAAUGGGCAUCUGAGCAUUGUUCAGCUCCUUUUCGAGCUCCUGAGUUGUGGGAUUGCCCAAGCCAUGCAGACAUUGAUGAGAGAACUGAUAUUUGGUCAUUAGGUUGCACUUUAUAUGCAAUAAUGUAUGGGGUAUCUCCAUUUGAGUACGCACUUGGAGAAUCUGGAGGAAGCCUACAGUUGGCCAUUGUAAAUGGCCAGGUAAAGUGGCCAGCUGGUCGUAAGCCCCCAUAUCCAGAAGCUCUUCACCAAUUUGUGACAUGGAUGCUUCAACCCCAGGCUGCAGUUCGCCCUCGCAUAGAUGAUAUCAUAAUCCAUGUGGAUAAGUUGAUUUCAAAGUUCUCUAAUUAAGACAAUAUUGGAAUGAACACAUUGGAGCGUGAUAAAUGGGUUAUAUGCAUGUCAACAGAUUGACUUUUUAAGUUCCAUUGAUCGUCCAUUUUUCAACCAAGGGAUAUAUGGAAAUGAAGUUAUCAAAACAACUUAAGCAAUAGUGUUACGUGCCAAUGUUACAACGAUUGUGGAGUAAUAGUUUGGGUAGCUGUGCAUUGGUUUAGUUUUGUUGUAUUGUUUUGUAAUUGCUAUCUAGUUUUAUCUCUUGCAAUGUAUUGUUUUGUAAUUGCUAUCUAGUUUUAUCUCUUGAGAUAUCAAUUUAUAGUAUUUGGUACCGAAUUUUCUGCA